ACAACCCAUUAUGAUUCGGAAUUGGAAAAAGCAGGAGAGAUAUUGAUUGAAAUGAUGGACAAGUCUUUUUAUGUUACUACACUCCAUGGUAGGGUCAUAUUGUGAAUUACAGGACACUAGGUGUUAUUUCACACACACAACCCAUGGGAACUCCACGUUAAAGGGGGGAGCAAGAAAGCUGGAUUGUCAGUUUGGCGUGCAUAACAUAGCAAGACAAAGAAAAAGGGUACUAGUAAUGCUGAGGAAAAGAGAGUGGUAGUGGUGAUGAUUAAGAAAACUGGUUUUUCAAACUUAAACAGUAAAAUAAAUAUAUACACAUGCAAAUGUAUUUGAUUUAUAUAUAGCGUUUGGAACUUGAAACUUUAUAGAGCAUUGGUGCUAGUGGCUUGAAUCUUUAAAACUUUAUAUUAUAAAAGUAUAGAAACAGAGAAAGCAGGGUAGGAGAGAGAAAGAUAAAGAAAUAGAGGGAGGUGGGGGUGUGGAGUCAGAUUUGUGCUUGUGGGUGUCUGGUUUUCAGAAUUAUUUUAGUGUUGAGAGUCUGUUGGCUAUGUCUCCUGGGCUGGCUUGGUGCGCCCGGAGUCCGUGGGCUUUGCCGUCGACCAAGGAAACAGCCUAUUCUUUGGCUCUCUUCCCAUUCAAGUGAUCCCAUUCUUAAAAAAUUCCAUAACCCCAUCUUUUCUUACUCUCUCUCACAUUCAGAUUGCUCCUACCUCGGUUGUUGUCAAGAUUCGGUCACACCACAAAUAUAUCCUUCACCUCUUUGAGAACCUAUUACCUUCCUUUGAAGUUCAGACUAUGGGUCAUAUUCAGUAAUCUGGUCCCCACCACGCCUUUGGUCUAAUUUCCAUUUCCGGGAGGCUUUUCCUCGAUUGGGGUUAUGUUUGAUCAUUGGGGAUGUGUGGUGGAGACUGCGAGGUAGUUAAUUUAGCAGCGAAUAGUUGAGUGUUGGGGAAGGAUUGUUUUGGGGGUAUCAGUGGAGUAGCAGAAAUAAGGGUUUUUUGCUUGCCAAAAUGAAGUUCAUGAAGCUUGGAUCGAAGCCGGAUUCCUUUCACACUGAUGGUAACAAUGUCAGGUCUGUGGCAACUGAGUUGGCAACUGACAUUAUUGUUAAUGUAGGGGAGGUGAAGUUUCUUCUGCACAAGUUUCCUCUCUUGUCCAAGAGUGUCCGCUUGCAAAAAUUGGUUGCAACUGUAAAUGAAGAAAACGGUGAUGAAAUCCACAUUAAUGACAUUCCUGGUGGGCCUGUGGCCUUUGAAGUAUGUGCCAAGUUCUGUUAUGGCAUGACAGUCACCCUCAAUGCUUAUAAUGUUGUUGCAGUGCGCUGUGCAGCUGAGUACCUAGGAAUGCAUGAGACUCUUGAGAAAGGAAAUCUCAUUUACAAGAUUGAUGUUUUCCUAAACACUAGCAUUUUUCGCAGUUGGAAGGAUUCUAUCAUUUUCCUUCAGACUACAAAGUCUCUAUCUCCUUUGUCUGAGGAACUGAAGUUGGUCAGCAACUGCAUCGAUUCUAUAGCUUCCAAGGCCUCUGUUGAUGUUUCGAAGGUGGACUGGUCCUAUACCUAUAACAGGAAAAAGCUCCCAGAGGAAAAUGGGAAUGGUCCUAACUGGAAUGGUGUCAAAAACCGGGUUGUGCCAAAGGAUUGGUGGGUUGAAGACUUAUGUGAGCUUGAAGUAGAUUUAUAUAAGCGGGUUAUAAGUAAUAUGAAAGCCAGAGGGAUAAUUGCUGGUGAAGUGUUAGGAGAAGCUUUGAAAGCUUAUGCUGUGAGAAGGGUUCCGGGAUUUGAUAAAGGUAUGAUCCAAUGUGGAGAUUUAUUGAAAAUUCGAUAUAUAGUGGAUAUGCUCGUGUGGUUGUUGCCUGCAGAGAAAGGCAGUGUCUCUUGUAGUUUCUUGCUCAAGUUGUUAAAAGCAGCCUGUUUGGUGGAUUUGGGGGAAAUGGCGAAGGGAGAACUGGUAAGUAGAUUAGGGCAGCAACUGGAGGCAGCUUCUGUGAAUGAUCUUUUGAUUCGAGCCCCAGAAGGGGCAACUACAAUGUAUGAUGUCGAUAUAGUGAAGAAAAUACUGGAGGAGUUUAUGAUGCAAGACCAGAAUCCUGAAACUCUAUUAGCAGAGGACCAAGAGAUUCAGGAAGUAAGAAAACCAGGAAUUUUAUCAGAUGCUUCAAAGCUAAUGGUUGGAAAGUUGGUUGAUGGGUACCUUGCUGAAAUUGCAAAGGAUCCUAAUCUCGCUUUGUUGAUGUUUGUUGAUCUUGCUGAGAUGGUGUCUGGUUUCUCUCGUCCUGCUCAUGAUGGACUUUAUCGGGCCAUUGACACAUAUCUCAAGGAGCACCCUGGGAUCAGCAAGAGUGAGAAGAAGAGGAUAUGUAGGUUGAUGGACUGCAAAAAGUUAUCUGCAGAUGCAUGCAUGCAUGCCGUACAAAAUGAAAGACUCCCCUUGCGUGUUGUCGUCCAGAUCCUAUUUUUUGAGCAAGUCAGGGCCGCUGCAUCAUCGGGCUGCAGCACACCCGACCUACCUAAAGGCAUGAAGGAUCUAAACAGUGGGUCCCAUGGGAGCUCAAGAUCUGCGACAACUAACACGGAGGAAGAAUGGGAUGCUGUGGCCACGUCCGAGGAGCUCAAAGCCUUGAAAGCCGAGCUAGCUGCCUUAAGGUUGGGGAAUGGAAGCCGAGGGAGUGACAGAAAUGGUGGGGAUAUUAGAACUAAUGCAGACAGGGCUGCCAUUAGUAAAAUGAAAGGGUUGCUCAUGUCGAAGAAAGUAUUUACAAAACUCUGGUCCAGCAAAGGGGGUCAUAGUGAGAAUGGUGGCUCAGAUUCAUCAGACAGUCCUAGUUCUGCUAACCAUGAAGAAGCCAAAUCUACGCCUUCAAGAAACAGGCGGUUUUCGGUUUCUUAGUUAAAAAAAGUCAGAAAAUGUAGUUUUUGAUGGGUUUUUUGUUUUUGGAAUGAAACUACCAAGUCAAAAAAAAAAAUAGUCGUUAUCUUAAGGGAACAAAAGUGAAGCAUAUAGGUUAGAAUUAAAUUUGCAGCAAAGUAUCUCAUGAGAAGAUGUUACUUGGGAAAAUGCCAAGCACACUUUGUUGAAUGCCUACUUGAGUUUGAUCAAUGAAUCCUAGCCAAUGGAGUAGAAAUUUUAUUACGGGCUUGGACAUGUCUGCCAUAUUAUGAACUUGUUUCUAGGCCUACAAUAUAUGCUCUUCUGCAGUAGCAUGGCAUAAUGGUAAUUUUUUGGCUUAUUAA